AUGGCGGAUCCAGUGGCACUCAAGCUCGACCAUGAGAAUCAUUUGCUCCUGGAUCAACCACUUCUCCGUCUCCCCUUUGAGCUCCUCCGCAAGAACUUUCGCUCGGCGCACUUUGAAGUCGAGCGCGACGGCACCUACAUCCGCAACCUGCUCAAGGAGACGGCGCAGGCAGCCGUGAGCGCGCCCCCGCCGACCGAAGAUAUCCUGCGCUCGAUAGACAACAUGCUGGCGCGCGCCCGCGGCGUCAAGCGCAAGCUGGCGGGCUUUGCCGAGGAGGAGCAGCGCCUGUACCGCCACGAGGGCGCCCGGGUACGCCACCUUGCCGAGAUAUACUCCAUGCAGAGCUUUGAGGAUGUCAAGUACGAGUCUUGGAGCCGCACCCGGCUGCAGCGUAUGCUUGUCGACUACCUCUUGCGCCAGGGGUAUGGGGAGAGCGCCCGUAUGCUCGCGCGGGACGGGGGCAUCGAGGAGCUCGUGGAUGUUGAGACGUUUGAGCAAAUGGCCAGGAUCAGUUCGAGCCUCCGAAAUGGUAGUGUAACCGAAGCUCUGGCAUGGUGUACGGCCGGUGAUACCAAGAAGGAGUUGAGGAAGAUGGAUUCCAAUCUGGAGUUUAUGCUCCGUUAUCAACAGUAUAUUGAACUCGUCAGACCAUACACACCAGCGAAAUUAAACGAAGCAAUAAAGCACGCCCAAAAAUGGCUGCACCCAUAUCGCCAAACUCAUGCUGUCGAGGUCCGACAAGCCUGUGGCCUGCUGGCAGUUCCGCCGUCGCGCGCCUCUGCAUACCCGGCUUAUGCAGCCCUGUACUCUCCCCAGCGCUGGCAAGUACUAGCAGACUUGUUCAUUGCCACGCAUAACCGGCUCUUAUCGCUGCCGUCGAUACCGGCCCUGCACAUGGCGCUCAACUCGGGGCUAUCAGCCCUAAAGACCCCAGCCUGCCACAGUCAGGAUUCGCAGCAGACGGCCGAAAACACCACGGUUGCCAGCUUGCAAAAUGUGUGCCCCAUUUGUUCCAAGGAGCUCAACGAGCUGGCACGCAAUGUCCCGUAUGCCCACCACGACAAGAGCCACGUCGAGCACGACAUGAUGCUGUUGCCCAACGGCCGAGCCUAUCCCAAAGAGAGGCUCGAGGAUUAUGCCAAGAAGGCUGGUUUGCUCGAGGGACAGGUCAAGGACUUAAGGACGGGCGAGAUCUUUGCCGAAGAACGGCUGAGAAAGGUGUAUAUUACGUAG